UUCUUUAUCUAAUUUAUAGGCAAAAUAUUAAAUAUUGUAUAAUGUAUAUAUCAAUAGCAUAUAAAAAAAAUAUAACAGCAAUUUCAUAUUUAAAAUUUAUUAAAAACAACUGUUUAACAAAUAUCUUAACUGUGAAUUUAUAUGCAAAUCUUCCGAAAUAAGAUAAAAAUUUCUAAUAAAAAUGAUAUUAUUAUCUUGAUUUAAAAGAUUUUAAGAUUAGAAUUUUAAAUUCUAUAUAAAUAUGACAUAGCACUUUUAUGUAGUGAUUAUAAUUUUACGUAGUAGAAAUAGCGAAUUUAUUGUAAUAAUUGUAUCGCCAUGAAUCGAAUAGUGAUAUUUGGAGCUACGGGAAAUACAGGAUUAUGUGCUUUAAAUAGUGCUGUAAAUAAGGGAUUAAAUGUAAAGGUAUUUGUGAGAGAUGAAAACAAAGUUCCAAUGAAUUUAAAAGAUAAAAUUGAAAUAAUUAUUGGAGAUGUUACUAACAAAGAACAAGUUUCAAAUGCAAUAUCUAAUACUGAUGCAGUGGUUGUUGUGCUUGGUACACGAAAUGAUUUAAGUCCAACUACAACAUUGUCUACUGGUAUGAAAAAUAUAAUAGAUGCUAUGAAAAUACAUAAUGUAGAAGUAGUAUCUGUUUGUUUAUCUGCAUUUUUAUUUUACAAACCUGAAGCAGUGCCUAACAUAUUUAAAGAUUUAAAUGCAGAUCAUCAACGUAUGUUUGAUCUUCUUAAAGAAAGUCAAUUAAAAUGGAUUGCAAUAUUACCACCUCAUAUUGCAGAUGUACCAAAUUCAAAAUAUAUAGUGAAACAUGAUGAAUCUCCAGGUCGAGCUAUUUCCAAACAUGAUUUAGGUGCUUUUCUUAUUGAAAGUCUUCAACAAACAGAACAUUAUCAAAAAGUUUGUGGUAUUGCUAACACUGCAUAAUAACAAAAAAUAUAUUUUGUAAUUUAUAAAAAACUUAAAAGUAUUUUAUAAAAUUUUGUUUAUUUUUAAGAAUAUAAAAAAAUAAAUAAUAAAUUUAGAAA